AUGGGUAUCCUCUUUACCAAGCUUGGGAACGUUAUUGGGCUCUUUUGCUCCAAACGGAAGGCGCGCAUUCUUUGCCUGGGGCUGGACGAUGCAGGCAAGACAACAGUCCUGUACACGCUGAAGCUGGGGAUUAUGGACCGGUACUCAAUUCCCACCAUUGGCUUCAAUGUGGAGACCGUGCGGUAUCGCAACAUCAGCUUCGAAAUGUGGGACCUGGGCGGGCGGCAGCAGCGGCAUCUGUGGGGCCACUACUUCCAGGGCACGCCGCAGGGCCUCAUUUUCGUGGUGGACAGCCAGGACCGCGCGCGCGUGCAGGAGGCGCGCGAGGUGCUGCACGCCGUUCUGAGCGCUGAGGAGAUGCGCCACGUGGCCGUGCUCGUCUUCGCCAACAAGCAGGACCUGCCCAAUGCGAUGACAGCCGCCGAGCUGAGGGACGAGCUGGAGUUGUUCUCCAUCCGGCAGCGCAGCUGGUUCGUCCAGAGCGCGCGCGCGCGGACCGGGGAGGGGCUGAACGAGGGGCUCGACUGGCUGGCGGGGCACCUGCCCGAGAAAGACGAGACCUAGACUCAACGGAAAGCGUAUAAUAUCAAGAUGAAGAGAAGCUUUGCCAGAAUAGCUGCAAAGAGUACGUCUUUUAUUCUCUCAAGGUCUGAUUUGAGCCUUUUGUAAAAGAAGUUGGAGUUGCACAUGUACAAACGAUCAGCCCCUGUAGAUUGUCAGAUCAUGACGUUUAGCGCACGAGACAAUUGGACUAGGAACUUCUGCAAGAACUGUGAAAUGAAUAGGAUGCAUGAAUGGCGUCAGUUGAACGGUGGCAUGCCACAGCCCUUCAUUUCCGAGGACCUUUUCCCGGACAUCCGCGAUCAAACAGCGUUCAGUAUCGAGUGCUUAGUCUUUGCUGAUUGUUACCUUGUACCAAUACGUACUCGAAAGCUCAAGAACUGGCUACGGACAUAUAUACUACGUAAAGGCAAGUUCGAAGCUACAAAUGACACUUCUCUGGAUUCGCGUAUAAGUUAUCAACCAGUUGGCGGCAGGCUAAAUUAUUCAAUCUAAUGAA